AAAAUAAACCAUUUAGCAUGCUGUGUUUGUUUGCUUUCAGAUUAUUUGGAAAGAGUUGAUUGAUUUUAUUGAAAUUCGGCAAUAAAGAACAUCAUGGCAUACUUUCAGUAUCUUGAAACCCAGUGACUUGAAAAAAAAGUUUUCAAGUAGACAAAUACUCUGCAUUUAGUAUAUUCCAGUGCCAUAGGUACAAAAGGACAAGAAUAUGAUUAUGGUAGCUCACACAACCACUAAUUCCAUUUAUCUGUGUAUGUGUGUGUGUAUUCCUUAAAAAUAGUAAUUACAAUAAUCAACAAAUCAAUUUAUUAUGGGCUUACUAUGUGUCAAGCACUAUUUUAAUUUAUCUUUAAUCCUGUUAACAGUCAUGAGAGGUAGGUGCUAUUACUAUUCUGCAUCUUAUUAUAAAGAAGCCUAGGCUCAAGGAGGUUAAGUGACUUGUCCAAGGUCACACAGAUAGUGUCAGAACCUGAUUCUUUUGAUGGAAAUGAUGCACUGCUUUGUGUAAACUUUAUUUGUCACCCAUGUUUCACAUCUGGCAUUUUCUCUGGGGAAUUUUCUGAUCAUCUUUGCUGUAGCCUAAUUUAGACAGCCUGAAUAGCCAGCCAUUGUUCAUUUUAAUCUAAAAUACCAAGAACACCCACUUAAGGAACAUGUUCUCUAAAACUAGCUGCUAUGAGAAAUAUGAGAUGACCAUGUAAAGCAGUCUUAGAAAUUGAUGUUAUGUAGGUGCCGUGAUAUGAUAAGGGUGAUGAUGAUGAUGAUGAUGUUGAUGGGGGUGAUUCCAGUGAUCACCACUACUGCUGCUACUGAGAUGGAGCCAAACAUUUCAUUGUUUUAGUGAUUCUAUCUUUCUUGGUUAAAGUAGUAAAUUGACUUGUUUACACAUCAGUACUUAAUUUAGUUUCUCUUGGGCCUUAGACUUUUGUUAGACAUUAGUUUUAACAUAAUUUUUGGAAAGUUUUUAAAAUUUUUUAAAUGGAAUGAUUUGUAUUGAGUGAAAAGCUAGUUAUAAUUCCUGAAAGUGAAACAGAAAAGUAGUGAAGGACUGAGUCUGUCUUACUUAUCGACUUUGAAAUAUAAUCUAGUUUGACAUUAAUCUAUCUGGUAGCUUUAGUUUAACCUAAUGUUACAGAUAAAAUCCUAUAAUAGUUUUUCUUAAUACAAAAUAAACUGCCUUCUGAGCAGAACUGAGAAUAAUAGCUAUUACCCAGUUACUCAGCAGGGGUGCCUUAUAUUCACUGGACCCAUAAUAGAGGAUUUAAAGCAGGUUUGAUAGACUUCCCUGAUUCUGUUUUUCUUUCUAUAGUUUAAGAAAUAGCUGUUAAUCGUUACUUGAGGUUUUCUUGUAAAGACAAGGACAAAAUUCAUUCAUUCAUGUUUAAGAUACCAAUUCAAACAUAAUACUUAAAGCAAAUGCUAUUCUAAACCAAAUGUCCUAACUCACUCAGUGAAAACUAUCCUGAGAUUUUGAAAGUAGAUUGGUGUUAUCUUUUGUGUUAGUUAGCUUGACGUUUUAAAACUAUUUUGAUUAUAUAUAAGUUCUGUUGUACAUAAGUUUUUCUACUUCUAAAUACUAGUCAUUGGACUAACAUGUCUGAAGGGUGAGGUGUUUUCUAUACUGUUGGUGAGUUAGAGUACCAUUUUCCACUUACACUUAUUUAUGAUUACAGUUAAAUUCUAUGCACACUGUUAUAAAUUGGUGGAAUGAAUAGCAGGGCGAUUCUGUUUGUCUCUAGGCAGGAAGAAAGAAACCCCUUUGGUGUUCCCUCUAUCCCUACUCCUAUCUGAAGACACCUAGCUCAAGAUUAUCUUCAAAUCUAAACCACAUUAUUAAGUAACAUUAAUAUUAACACAUUAUUAUUUAUCAAAGACAUAUGUAACUGACUAUAUACAAGGAAUGCAUCCCAGUAAUUCCUAUUAUGUGAUUAACAGCCAAUCAGGUCUUCUGAUCAUUAUGAAAUAACCAUUAUCACCAUAUUGAAUGAUUUAAUUUCAAUGGAAAUCAAAGAAACUUGAUGCUUUAAUGAGUCCUAGCUAAAUCUGUACCCUCUCCACCUCUAUCUAGGCCAAGCUUGUCCCACCCAUGGCCCAAGGCCCACCUGUGGCCCAAGAUGGCUUUGAAUGUGGCCCAACACAAAUUCAUAAACUUUCUUAAAUAACAUUAUGAGAUUUUUUUGCCAUUUUUAAAAGCUCAUCAGCUGUCAUUGCUGUUAGUGUAUUUUAUGGGUGGCCUAAGACAACUCUUCUUCCAGUGUGGCCCAGGGAAGCCAAAAGGUUGGACACCCCUGAUCUAGACCAUUGUGAAAAAAUGCCUUACCUCAGAACCUGCUUACAGUUUAUUUCGGGCCACUCUGUUGCUGCCCCAAUUGUAAUUCAUUUUGUCCCCACGAAUGAAUACAUCUCCACUACAAUCUCUCUGAAGAUUUCUUUUUAUUUUCAAAUGGACAUCGAAUUACAUUGAGCAGAGGAUUUUUAAGCCAAGUUGAAACCAGAGAGAGACAAAGAGCAGAACAUAUGCCUAAUUAUACUGUAAUAAAUUUUCUCUGUCCAGGUGAAGGCAUUGUUUAACCCAGGCAUCAUUAUUUUAAUCUUCGGUAAACUAAAAUGCCAAGUAGCUUGGGGCUAAGGAAGACAGGCAGUUUGAGCACAAAUUCUUAUUAUGGUGUUUAUCAAAUGAUCUAAAAACAACCUCUGAUGUCACCAUAUUGAAAAUCAAACUGUCCAAAAACUGCUUUAAUAGUACUUUUAAAGUGUUCAUAUUGUUACAUAGAGGUCAAUGACAAAUUAUUCUCCAUUUUUAUUAAGAAUGGGGAAAUUAGAUAAAACUGUUGCAGAAGAGGUUUUUGUUAGGGAAAAUUCCUUAAUAGAUUGGAUUUUUGUUAAUGAAGCUACAUUAGCAAAGGGGUUGCAUGUUCCCUUCCUCUGGUAUUUUUAAUGGUGAAAAUAUUUCCACUAUAGACACUGUAACUAGAUGCAUGGCUUUUAUAGGAAGAUCACAUUAUUUAAUAAACCCAGAGCAAAGCGGCAUUUAACAAUUUUAGGAAGAAAGAAUACUCCAUAUGCUGGUCAAGAGAGAAGCCCUACUGAGGCAGAGACCACACCUAGCUAUGAAGAGGUGGGGCUGAUCUGCUGUGUGGUAUUAUUAACACCUCAUAUUCUUAUCCACACAAACUAGGCGUAACAGGUGGAUACCCUCUUUUUCACGUGAUACAAGGAAUAUACCAUACUUCUCGGAAAGGGCUGUCAAAAGGGAGCUUUGCAGCAUGUGUUCUCUUUCCAGUUUUGCUGCUAACUAAUGCUACGGCCCUUUCUGUCACAGAGCUCCUCUUACGUUUUAUUCUUUCCUUUGAGAUUGAGGAAUUAAAGCUGGUUGUUCUGAAGGCAGUUCCAGCCAGAGAUUUUAUAAUGUAGGAUUUUUUGGUAGUUGUUAUUUUGUUUUGCUUUUACCUUGAUAAACCUAUAUCACCAUUUUAGAGUGAUCCAACAAAAGAGCCAAACUGUGGUAUCUGCUGUCAUUAUUAUAGGCCCGCCUUCGAUCAAAGGAAACCUUCAUAAUGUAUUUUAUUAAUAUGGAAAGUUGCUUAAAGGUGUGUGCAAGAGAGAGACAGAGAAGAAUUUGCCUUGUUAUGAAAUUAUACAUUGGUUUCUUGAAAAGAACAUUUGACUGGUAAAUGUUUCUCUAGGUCUCUAAUCAUUCAUUAAUAACAAUGUGGGAUAAGGAAAUGCUAUGAUUUUAAAUUAAGUGAAAAGCGUCUGGAGCUGCCCAAGAACUGGAUACAACAAGAAAAUGUCUGUGCUCACAGAUCCUUUUCUCACAUAUCUCCAGUUGUCUUCAUUUCAAGCUUAAUUUCUUUUGUCAGUAUUUUAAUAUGAAAAGUAUUUCCAGAUUUUGUUUGGUUUUUGUUUCUCUGAAGAAAAUUGAAUAGGGCCAUUAACAUGUGAGUUGCUUCUGCUUGCUGGAUAGCUUUUCUUUAAAUGAACUUUUUGACAUUUUUUAUAUAUAUAUAUAUGUGAAAUAUGUAUAUAUUUCAAUUAAUAAGAUUUAUAUAUAAAAUCAUCUUCUGUUACAUAGAAUUUUUUUUCGCUGUCACCAAAAAACCUCAUUGAAGAUGUGAGAAAGGCAUAGUCUUAGUAUUGUAGUAACUUACGGGAAGAAGAGCAAGUGCUCAUUAAAGAUGUUAACUAAGGUUCACAUCAAGAUAAACUCCUGUCAAGAUCAGUUGGUGAAUCUCUUGUUUCUAAAUUGGUUUACUUUAGGGUCAGAAUAUUCUACUUUCUUCUAAAUAUAAACUAUAUUCCCAUGAAAUAAAUAGUUAUUGCAUAUUCAUAUGAUGUAUAUCUUUGGAAAUGUUUAGCCAUUUAUGUGAAGAAAUUUAAUAGUUUGAAAACUAAAAAUAUAGUAUGCUUUCGGUUUUCAUUAGCUAAUGGCUUAUUUGUUUUAGAAAGAACAAUUGUUGCUCUUAAUGCCUGUUUGUGUACUUGCAGCACAAAACGCAUAUCCCUUGUUUGACUUCUAAUCCUGAUUUCAAGAGCUAUCAGGCCAAGAGUUAUUCAUUGGUAAUAGUGCGUUUACUUACGUAGACAUUUUUCACUUACUGCACGUUGAACUUAAUACCUCCAGUCCUUCAACACUAAAACCUCCAUGCUUCAGCUGAUAAAAUUGCUCUUUUCUAUGAGUAAAUAAUAUAUAAAUAAUAAUAAAUGUGAAUGAUAAAACUUUUCUAUGAUGUACAUUGUUGCACUUAGUGGAAAGACUUUUCAGGGACUUUCCUUUUAAAAGAUUUAAUUAAACUUUAGGAAUAUAAAAUGAGAAAAUGUUACUGUUUUGCUUAUAAUUCAAUUAGUAGUUGCGUACUUUUCUGAAAUCAUCUGCUUUAGUAGAUAGUUUAGCUGGAUUAUCUCUAGUAGGCUACAUAAUGUAAGUAAAGCUACAUUUUGAAAAUAGCAUUAUGAUUUCUGUAUUAUGAAAUAAUAGUGUUGGCUAUUUUUCAGGAAAACUUUACUUACCUUAUUAUGUAUUUCUCUCAUUAUGAAAAUGUGAGGGGGCUGGGCACAGUGGCUCAUGCCUGUAAUCCCAGCACUUUGGGAGACUGAGGCAGGAGGACUGCUUGAGCCCAGGUGUUCAAGACCAUCCUGGGCAACAGAGUGAGACCACAUCUCCACAAAAAAUUUUUAAAAUUAGCCAGGUGUAGUGGUGCGCACCUGUACUUGGGAGGCUGAGACAGGAGGAUCGCAUGAGCCCGAGAGGUCAAGGCUGCAGUGACCUGUGAUCGUGCCACUGCAUUUCAGCCUGGGCGACAGAGCAAGACCCUGUCUCAGAAAAAAAGAAAAUGUGAGGGAUCUAGAUAUCAUGAUUAAUAUUUAACAUGGUUUAAUAUAUCUUGAUUUUAUUAACAUUAGAGACUAUAACAUUUAUAGUAGCUGUUUAAACCAAAUUUUGGGGGAAAAAUAAACCAGUCUGGUUCUGCUCUAUGUAUGAGCUCUUACCUGUCAUCCAGGUAAGACUUUGGAAUGUGAUUUCAAGUAACAAAGAUAUAUGUAAAUUAUUGUGACAAAUUUUAAUAUAGUAGUACAAAUCUUAAUGUGAAUCAGUAUAAAAAUCAGUUCAAUAAAAAAGGAAUUUAGUUAUUAAAUAAAUGGUGUAUACUUGAACAUAAUUAACUAGGGAAUAUUUUCCCAUAGCACUGUUUACUUCUGAACUGUGUCAUGGCCAUUUUCUCAUUCACAUUCCCACUCUAGUGUAAGUGGUGUAAGGACAGUGGUGGCUAUGUCUUUACAACAUCAUUUUUCCAGUGCUUACAUGUUGUUUGGCAGACAGUGAGCGCUAUUUUUUUGAAUCAUUUAAUUUAUGAAUGAAUUAUUUGUGCAGUUUUAAAAAUGUACCACCCACCUCAAAUGUGAGGUUAUGUGUUGCUCCUCUUAGCUUUUCAUAAGCCUAGAAUAAUAUUGUGCUAAUGAUUCAGAGUUAGAGUCUAAGGUGAACUGAAUUAGAGCCAUUCUUUAUUAUGAAAAGUUCUGUAAGGAUCUUAGAGUGUUUAGAGAAAGGCACUCACAGAUCUCAAGGAAACUUUAUUAUUCAUAUUGCCAUGAAUAAGUAGUUUUCUAGGCUUACAUAUCAAGAGAGCUGCAGCUGGGAGUAAGACUCUUGGUCUCUACUAUUUCCCAGCCUAGUGCCCAAUCCACUGUUCAAGCGUGGUAAGUAUGAGACCAUUUUUCUUUCUCUUAUCAGUGCCUUAUUACAGCCUGUGUGCUUGAACACCACAGAAUCAGGUGCUUGUUGAAAUAUUUCACGUCUUGAACAUGAAAAAUUGGCAUUGAUAUUGUGAUGUUGAUGGAUAUUUUUAAAUCUCUUUUUCUUUAUAGAUAGUCAUAAAGUUGUGGCCAACUUAAUGAUGGCCACAUACUGAGUUGCAUCUAAUAAUCUAAUCAUUGUUGAAUGGAUGAGUUACCGACAGAGUUUUCAUUAUGAAAAGAUUUUUUUAAAAAAGAUUCAACUCUUAGGUUUAUAGAAUGAAUAUUGAGAUAAUGUUUUCUCAUUAAAGGCACAAAAGUUUCCUCCCACAUCUUUUCUGUAAAAUUAACAAAGAAAGUAUAAAGUUGUUUUUACUAGAACUGCCUUCUUCAUUUGGAGUGAGCACAGUUUUGUUCAUGUUCAAAUGAUUAUUCUGUGAGAUUGAAGAAAGACCACUUCAUUUGUAACUCUGAUACUCUGACGAUGUUUCUUAUUUUGUAAAAUAGAGAACGUUUAGAUUUUGAUUUAAAUAAAACUAUUAAAUUUCCUACAAAGACUAAGAGUUGGCUUGCUGAAUUUAUUUUCAAACAGUAUUUUUAAAAGGUGUUCAGUAGGUAAAAAUCUGUGGAGGUGAUUUUGUUUAUUAAAUAUCUGGAGUCAGUGGCCACUCUUGGGCCUUGUGUUAACCUCAAGAGUACUGUACGGUUAUUAGUAACUACUAAUAUUCAUGUCAACAGUGCUGAGAGCCCCUCACUGGUAGGAAUACUUUACUCUGGAGAACAGUUAGAUUUGAACUUGGGCUUCAAAAGGGAACUGCAAAACACUCUCGACUUCGAAGUGAUCUGCACUUUGCAUCGCAGAUACUGCUGAAGCAUCAGAUUCCUCAGUGUAAAAGUGUGGUUUCCACUGAAGGAUAGGGACCUAGGUAGCCCCCCUUUUCCCAUUUAGUAUUCAAGUAAGUGCGGUCUCCGGACCUUCACAAAAUAAUUUCUUCGCGGAUCUCCCGGUGCCAGGUUCUGCCUCCGCAAGCCCUACGGAUCCCGUCCCAGUUUGAAGUAGUUGGCGGGGUUUCCGCGGUCUUUGAACCUGAGCUGCCCCUCUCCCCCGUGGCCGGACUCGGCCUGCUUUGCGCUGAUGUCACCGCAAGCUGUUACAUUGCAGCCUCUCGGCUUCGAGGUACCUCCCACUGAAACCGCUCGCCGACUCCCGGGAAGAAGCGAAGAGCCAGAAGAAAGAUGACUGCGAAGUUAAGUCACGGGAGGGCGUAGCACCGAAGUGGUAGAGAGCUGCGGCUCCGGAACGCCCGGCAGGCCCAGGGACGCAGCAGAUGGUGCCUGGAGAGAGAGGGCGUUGCUGCAAGCGCCCUGGCCGGAGAGGAUGCCUGCCCGGCGCCGUGCUGCCCUGAGGAGCCGCGGACAGCGCCGGAGCUCCCUGCCGGAGUUCUCUUUCUGCUGUCUCCACUGCCACCGUCUCUCUCUAGCCCCAGCUGAAAUGAAGGCCACACCGCGGCCACAGAACUUGGUUCAGUUUCAAAGGCUAAUGUAGUCCCUGGGUUUUCUGCUGAAUGUGAAUUACGCUGCCUGUGCCUUAGAGGAAGCCGCGGAGCUCUUCGUUGCUGCAAUUGCCUCAGGUGGAAUAAGCCUUCCUAAGGAGGACCAGAUAAGAUUCUUUGGAAAUGGCUUUUUUUUUUUUUUUUUAAGAAGCUUAGUACACCAUGCUUUCUGUUUACUUUAAACGGUUGCUGGAUUGUACUGCCCUGGGUGUCUAAAAGUCUGGUGUUUUUUCUUUCUUCCUUUGAGUAGUUCUGAAUAGCAUUGAAGAAGCUUAAAACAGGAAGAAAACCUGCCUUUUCAAUCAAGUUUAUUUAUAGCUACUCCCCCCUCCAAAAAAAAAAGUAAAAGAAAAAUGUAACUUUCUCAUAACGUUAGACUUAACUUAUUUUUCUCUGAAGAUUUGUUCUGUGCCUUGAUGUGAACAAUACCAGGUCCCUGUGUUUGUCUUUUAAAUUUCUGGAGCAUGGUUUAUUUACUAGAAUGGUAGAGUUCUGCAAGCCAUCUUUAAGUGGAUUACAGUUAACCAGAGCUCUGCCGAAAUUAACAUUCAGGCUGUUAAAAUGCUUGCUCAUUUGGAAAUUUUAAUCUGGAAAUAUCAGACUAAAAAGGGAAAUGGACUGACAAUGGAAUGUUCUGAGUGUUUGAGCCACUGUUAAGUGUGUGUUUGUUUAUUUUCUGUGUUUUGGAGUAUGUGAACAGGAACUCUGGGAGCUGGGAAAGGUGGACAAAGGAGAUUUUUGUUCUCUGUUAUUGAUGCACUUUAUUGUUUAGAAUCAUCCUAAAAUCAACCAGGUAAAAGGAUAAGUUGCAUUUAUACUGAUGCACUGCUGAUGACCUUAAACACCUCAUGUAUUAUGACAUAUGUUAUUUGAGCGUGUGUCUUUAUGGUGAAGACACCCCAUAGCUCUGUUCAGAAGUAUACUUUCUUGAAAGAUGCUUUAUCUUAUUUCUUAUCUGUGUCAAGAGCUGCAAUAUUUGUUUUAACUAUCUGCAAAAUGGGGAAGCCACUCAGCAGACCAGACUGUUUACGUCAGAAUCCCCCAUGUGUAGGGAAGGGUGAAGAAGAGGAGGACCUAAAUAUCGAAGACUGUUAUGUCCCACAGCGGUCAAUCUAUGAUACUGUUAGACUAAAUGAACAGAUAGACUCUGGUUCAAAAGGUAGUCUAUCUUCCAGGCAUUUUACAGAUCGAACUUUACCCUACAGUCACAGAACACUGGAGGUUAGUUCUUUAUGCUCUAAUGGUGCCCUUACUUCUUCCAGUGUAUUUGAGCUGAGAGGUCGGGAAGCUAACAAACUAGAUGAAAAGAUGAUCUUUGAUGCACUCAAACUAAAUAGUGAUAUCAUUCGAACCACAGGAUUACCUAAAGCCAAAUCUCAUGCAGAAAAGAAAGAGCAUAGACGGUCAUGGCGAAUGUUUGUCCCGGCCAAUUUUAUGGAUUAUGCAAACAAAAGUGAAAGCUCUUUUGUUGAACCUACUGAUAUGUCAGAUGCUGUUACCAAGGCCAGCAAGUGCAGAUGGGGUACUAAUUCUCUCACUUCGGAGGAGGAUGACUCUGGUUUAUGUAGCCCUCCAGCAGAGAGGGAAGAAAAACAGGGCAUUUUAACUGGAGACCAGUCACGAAUUAAAAGUUUGUCUUCUGCUGAAGAUAUUCUUGUAACAGACCAAUACAGACCAUUGUUUUCUGUUAAUUCCAUUAGCGAACAGAAAAUCCCACUGCUUUCAUGUCAAAGUGCCCACCCUGAUGAAAAUUUCAAAAUGAUUUUUCAUGAUGUUUCUCCACUAGAGGAAGCAAAACGUGUAAAUGAUCAAAGGGAAAUCCACGAUGAAAAUUGUUGGCUGCAGAAUAAUUUGAAAGAGAGCCCUGUGAAGUGUGACCCAUUAAUUAUGCCAAGAAAUAGAGAAAAUGAGCAUAUUUUUAACCUUGGAGAAGAGAACAAAACAUACGGACCUGGAGAAUCCCAAAUCACAGCACAAAGUAGGGAACUCUUGAAGGAUUCCCCUCAAGAUUUAGAUCUCUCUCACACAGAUCUAGGGGAGAGUGAUGUCGAUUGUGGUAGCACCAGCUUAGUAGAAAAUGUGACACUUUUGACACAGUAUGAUUCAGGAGAAUGCAACAUUGUAUCUAAAGAGGAAGUGGAGGCUCCUCUUUCUGCCCAGGAGAGCGAAAUGCUCUAUAGGAAGUACUCCCUGAAAUUCAUAUCAGCAAGAAAGAAAGCAGCACCCAGAAAAACAGGGGCCCAGGCAGGAAUAUUGGACACAGUCUGCAAUGGCUUUCAGUUGGUUCAGGUAAUUCAUGGAAAUAUGAAACUCUGCAGUGUCAAAAGUUUGUGGUUCUGGUAAAAGUUUGUGGUUCUGUUUCAGAGUGGUCACUAGUGUUUCUAAUAAUAAUCAAAUCCACACUUUUGUUUUGGGGGUUUGACUAGCACCCUGCAAGAUGCCACAUAUUGAUAAAUGGAUAAUUAUAACAAAUUAAUAGGGACUGUUUUGGAGAAGAAUUGUUAUUCCCAGCUGUUCAGGGUCCUGUUAUUGAUUGUACAGAUGGUGGCCAUUCCCCUUCAUUUAGAAGGCCUCCACUGUGAAUAUAUGUUAAUGUUAGGCUUUUACACAAAUUGUGGUAAAGACAUUGCCAUUUAAGGGCCAUUAUAUUGGAUUUAUUAAGCUUGAACAGGCUUAGUCAUGAAGGUACAAACAGUAUUAUAUUGUUAUGGCCUGCAAAGUACUCUAUCCACAUUAAGGACUUUUUAAAAUAUGUUGAAUAUCUCAGGAGCUCUGCCUAUGAGAGUAGAGUUAUUAUGCUGUACUUUGCAGGCAUUAUAGCUCCCAACUUUUUGUGAGUGGUGAAUGAAGUAAGAAAGUAAAGGGUGCAGCCUUGUAAUAAGUAGAGGUUGCUUGUCAAGCCUGUAAUUUUUUUCUUCCCACUCAGAUUGAAGUUCAGCUAUUUUGGUACUUUUACUAAACUCUUCUGGUAAACUUUGCCUCAGAGGUAAUUUUAUUUUAUUUUAAACUUCUCUUCAUGCUUGUGUGCUGUGGGUUAGAUUAGGGGGAAAGGCUCUCUUCAUAGGUAUUUUGUUAACAUUGAGAGAUAAGGAACUUAGACAAUAUCAGAACAAUUCCUCUUCUCAGUCUGUGAAAUAAUUGUUGUUGUUAGUUAUGCCGUUUUCUUAGACAUGCAGUAAAUGUCAUGCUAAUUUAAAAGCUUAGCAAAUUAAUUUUUUUCUGUAAAGGAUAUUUCAGUUUAUUUGUAGAAAACAAUUAAAUCUUAGGGGAGUAUAUACUCUUUAGUAGUUAUCUUUUUAAAUCCUUAGUAUAUUUUUGGGGGCACCUUAGAAAAUUAUCAGAUUUACCUAGAUCUGCUCUGAUAUAUACCCCUGAAAUUAAUUUAAAACCAAGAUCAGAGGUUAAGACAAUUUAAUAGAACAUUAUUGUUAUGCUUUUGUCCUGAAAACUAUAUAAGAGGGAAAAUAAAACGUUUCCUUGAAUGCUUAUUUACAAGUUCCUGGAAUUUAAAAGGUAGCAGUUUUUGUACACCCCCACCCUCCGCCCCCACUUUUUGGUAAGUAGUAAAACAUAUCCAAAGCUAUUAGUCCUAGAAGUUAUAACUUAGAAAGUGGUAUAGAAAUGAAAUUGAAUUAUAAUGCCAAAUUCUGUCUUUAACACUUUGUUGCCAAGUUUCUGUUUACAUAUUUGAUAAAUUUUACCUUUUUGCAAAAUUAUGGAGACUUCCUAAGUUUUUCCUCAAUAAUUUGGGCGAAUCUUAUAAUUUAUUUGAUUAUGUGUAAUUGAUUUUUAAAUAUUUAUUAUUGUUAUAUAUAAACUGCCAGUAUGGAAAUUGUCUAUAUUUUCUGUGGAAAAGGCAGUUUAAGUUUUUAGCUAGGAGGAGAUUUUAGAGAAAAUGAUCAUUAAUUUGUUUGCUGUUCUCUAAUUUACUCAUAUAGAGUAACACAGGAGUAUCCUGUAUGCUAGGCCUUAGACCAGAGUCUGGAGGAUUUGUCUCCUGUAGCCUCUACAUCUUUCAAAGUUGUUUUUCAGACUGCGUCUGUAUUUUUUUCCAUAAGUGCUAUUUUAAUAUGUGCCUUUAUUAUGUUUGCAUGUAUUCUGAUUAACUGUCCAAUCAUUGGUAUAUUUAUAUAGUGCCCUUCAGGAUAAUGACUCAGAAUCUCAAACUAUGUUUUACCUUAAUAUCUAUGUGAAACUUUCCUUCCUUAGUUCCAAUAAUUUAUUUUCCUCAUGGCAUCCUCCAAGCCCUAUAUUAAAAACAUAUUAUCUAUGAAAGAGUUGGCUCAUACCUGUAAUCCCAACACUUUGCAAGGCUGAGGUGAGAAGGUUGCUUGAGCCCAGGAGUUUGAGACCAGCCUGGACAACAUAAUGGGACCCUGUCUCUACCAAAAAAAAAAGUAUUUCUUUUAAUUAGCUGGGCAUGGUGACAUGCACCUGGGGUCCCAGCUACUGGGGAGGCAAAGGUGGGAAGAUGGCUUGAGGCUAGGAGACAGAGGUUGCAGUGAGCCAUGAUUGCGCUACUGCCCUCCAGCACGGGUGACAGAGUGAGGCCCUGUCUCAAAAAAAAAAAAAAUCAUAAUAUUGAUGUAUCUACUCCCAGUAUUAUCUGUUAAGGGGUUGAUGUCAUCCACCUAAGACAAAUAUAAAUUUCUGUACUGGUAUUAAUUUGGCAAAUAAAUAUUGGCACAUAGUACAUGCUAGGUACCAUGGUAGGCCCAGGUCAUAGAACUACUGUAAGGAAAACAGAAAUUUCUGCUUUCAUGGCACUUGUAUUUUAAUCUAGCACAUUAAAUCCUUUGCCAGUCACAGGCAACUGGGGAACUGUAAGUUGGAUGGGAUAGACAGUAAGGGAGAGAUUGCUAGGAAUCCACUGUCAGUGCAGGUAUGGGCGACAGUGACUACAGGGUAACCAGAGUUGCUGUGCUAGUAAGGUAUGUGAUCAGAUCCAUGGGGUGAGGUCAUUGUAUUUCUUGAGAGUCCAUUGGCAUCUUUGUAGACAUUGAGGAGGCUAUCUGUGUAGGGAUCCAUACUAUUGCAGCACAUGCCUAUGUAUUUUUCAUUUUCCUAUCUCUGUAUUUUGGCCCUCCUGCCAAGCCAUGUUUUGGCCACUUGGCUCACCUCAUCCUGUCCCUGAUUUUCCAUUUCCAAUGUGAGUCUCAAGCUUCAGUUGCCAGCUAGCAGCAGCCAUUCUUAGGAGAGCCUAUUAGGAUUGCCUUGCCCACGAAGGCUCAUUUUGUACUUAUUUUAUGUUUUUGCUCUUUAGCAUUUUCUGUAAAUCUGUUGUUACAGUUAAACUGGGACAAUAGAAACAUUCUCAUCCUAUGAUAAUGAAGCAAUAAAGAGAGGAGACAUGUACUGUCUUCUUGGUUUUAUAAGUAACUUGAUUAAGUGUACUCAGAAUAUCAUUCUUUAGUAUUCUCAAAUGUUUUUGAUGUGCUACUAAUUUAUAUUUAGUUUCUUUCUGUUCUUCAGAAGGUAGCUAUGACCUAUGGCUAGACAAUAAAAAUUAUCUUUACCUCUGUAAUAAUUGAUGGUUUCCACAACCUGAUGCCUAAAGAAAAGCUUAUUAUAUAUUUGGCUGUUGAUAGGUAAUAUAACUCAUGUAAUUAUUACUCUUUU